AUGAUGAAAAGUGAACCUCAGGGAUCGAAGGCGACCGAACGAAGUAUCACACGAAUGCUAUCGAAACUCAUCAAGCACGAACAACCGCUAAGUAGCUGGAGAGAGCAAUCUUUUUCGGAAACACCGCCGAUAGUCGAACUGACAAGAAAGCAGGCCCAGCAAAAUGAUAAGAAGGAUGAUAGUUCUAUGACGAAAACGCAAACACUAUCUGCCAGCAGUCAUCGAUCUUCCGUAUGUUCGUCAUCUGAGAAUACGAAGUCGCAUAAGAUCGGUGAAAAGGGAAAACUGAAAUCUGCAAAGAAAAUUCAACACAAAAGAGACGUCGUUGAUAGCAACAAAAAGGUUUACCGCUGA